AUGGACCCAUCAUUGCUUGACUAUGCCCGUUUCCAUGGAAUUGCUAGUGAUUACACUGCAGUUGAUCCGCGCGCGCACAUCGAUGACACUCUCCAAUCUGGUCCUAAAGACGACCUAUCGCUUCAACACGCCCAGUUAGAAUGUCAUAAUCGCCUGGACUUCGCUCGAGCUACACUCGAAGACAAUAUCCGGAGAGAGAAGCUCUGUCUCUCCAAAGAAGGCGCUCGUUUCCUAACCUCACUUAUCCGCAACAAUCAGUCACAAAGCUUAGUUAUCAACUGGGAUGGCCUCUUACCAGACUUCCAUCGGGUUGAUGCCAAAAUUGAUCCGCCUAUUUUCUCCCUGGAGAGUGAGAGCGAUGUCAAGUUAUCGCAAAGGCCACUGCGGUACUCCGCUCAUGACAUUGAGUUGGGACUGUCCAAUAUAUCCGAAGAACUAGCUAACGCUCCGAAACCUCUCGCAGGUCUGCGAGUGAAUGAAAAUUCAUUAAUGGAUCAGAUAAACAGGGACAAGCUCAAAUGCUCAAAGGAAUCGUUCUCGCUCAUACAGAGUGUUAGAAGCGAUGCUGGACCGUCUAUCUCGGAACUUGAGGAUGUCCUAGAAAGUCUCCUGAAGGAUAUUCAAAUUGAGUCAACAACCCCUGUUCUCCGUCCAUUAAGCGCCGAAUGUUUCCCUUCAAGCCCAGCACCUAUGUUCGACGAACACAUGCUACCAAUUCCAGCCUCUCCGGCUUCAAAUGGGCUAGAAUUACUUCGUCAUCAUCCUGCACCUUGUGGGUUAGAAUACGAGUAUAUAAUGAACGAAAAUCGAUACCCUUUUGCCCCGAAUAGAGAGAGCCGGCAUGACCACAUGGAAUUAAGCGAAGGAGAUAGCUCGACUCAUGAUACUCCCAAAAUAGAAAUCGAACCAUCCACCAAAACAGGUUUUCCAACAAUGGAACUAUGUAAUGAAGGAAAGCACUCAAUGAUUAUCGCAACGCUUGAGCCAAGCAGCUCUUCAGCAAAUAAAUCCGAUCCUUCAGAAUAUGGCACUUGCAACUCAGACGCAAGGUCGAAUAAUAGGGUCUUUGCAACGACAGCUGCCAAAGUGCCAUUGUCAGAACACAUGAAGGGGACUGCCGAAGAAAGGACCGUAAAGUUACAGCAUACACAGCAGUGCUUGGGAAUAAGCUCGAAAAACGACCGUUCCAGAGAAGACCCCGAAAGUCUAUCCAAGCAUGUGGCUUCUGCCGUGACAAAACAGCCCCAGAAAUUUAGAGCAGGCUCAUGCCACCAACAUACAUUAGAACCACAUGGAGUCCAUGAGACUAAAAUUCCUGUUCCACAAUUACGACGCGUAACCCUGGGCUCCUUGUCAUCGUUCAUGGAGACAAGGGGAAGAAGCACCAAAAAGCAGAUACUUGCGAAAAGUCCUUACUUUGCUAGUGAAGCGUCUCGGGGUCCUGAACAACAAAACAAUUACUUUGAUACUAGUUUCAGAGAACAGCAGCAGCAAAAUGUAAAUGUUUCCAAAUCCCUACGAACACCUUCGAUUCCUGCCGUUCAAGCACCCCGGUGUCCCGCGCAGCAUGGUGGCCUUGUUCUCUUCAUAUCAACUGGGCUGCUGGAAACCCACAUGCAAGUUAUACAAUGCCUUGAGGGAUCAGAUCACCCUCCACAGCUCAUUUACCGAGAUUAUGGGAAUGGCUCAUCGAAAUGUCAGUCCAGACAACAACCAAGAGAAUCAUCAUCCCAACAUCCCCAGACAACAUCAAUCCAUUCACCAGAUGAAGCAGAUAUAAUUCUGUCGCCCAGAACCGGAAUUAUCCUAACAACCUCACAAGCAACCAUGCAGCUAUACCUUCCGGGGCACAAAUCCACUUUCACCCAACCCAAUCUUCCCCAAAUCAAAGCCGUAAACUCUCCGCUCCGCGAGUCCGUUUAUCGACUCUCCACAAGAUAUCAACAGUUAUACGUAUUUAUAUCGCACGGCACCGAACAAUCAAAGCGCUCCAAAUCUCGGGCUUCAACCCGUCAGCUCUCUGCAAAUGAAAACCUCCUUAACUCCCUAACAUCCUUGUCUGCAUUCUGUACCUCAUUGUCCGAGUACUCAUCCAUAACUCCGCUCAUAAUACCCUCUGUCCCGGAAUCAGCCGCUGCAUGGAUCUUGGCCCUUUCCCAUAAGCAUCUCUGUCAACUUCCACCUCAGCGGCCCAACCCAUACUCUCCGUACACGAUUGCAUUUACGCCCGUGAACCCGAAACCACAACUCGGGGCUUUUCUGGGGAAUCCGGGGGAGAGUGUUUGGGAGCUUUUUCUUCGGAGGGUGGGGCUAAAUCCGUAUGCUGCACAGGUUGUGCUUGCUGUUCUGAGGAGAGACGGCGAGGACGCGGUUAAUGGCAGUGAAUUCCAUGAGUCGGGCGUCCAGCAAAUGGGUGGGUAUCUCUCUAGAUUUGUAGAGAUGUCAUUGGAAGACCGAAGAGUGUUAUUUGGGGGUCUACUCGGGGAGAAUAUUCUGAAGCGAGUUGAUUCGCUCAUUGAGAGGGACUGGCAGUGCGAUUGGGCCCUAAACUUCGAUGAUGGGAUUGAAUGA